ACAACAAUGUUACGAAAUGUGUGUAGUUUUUCUCCUCAUCUUAGAAAAUGUGUUUUUCAAGGCAAUCAGCCAAUUCGAAAAAUGGCGGGCCAUUCGAAGUGGGCCAAUAUCAAGCAUACUAAGGCCCUAAAAGACGGCGCACGAGCUGCACUAUUUUCAAAGAUUUCGAGACAAAUCCGUAUGGCCAUACAGGAGGGAAACUCUGCGGAUCCGGCCAUAAAUUCCCUUCUGCGGACCGAAAUUGAAAGGGCCUUGAAGCAAAACAUGCCCAGCGGCACAAUACAAAACACUUUAAACAAAUUUAAAUCAAGUAAAAUUCAACUUAAAAAGUACCGUUUGGACAUCAGGUAUAAAAGAAUCGUAUACAUGAUAUGCAUUUUUUACACAGACAAUUUUUCUGGAGUUAAAAUGGAUGCGACUCCAAUGAUAAAGAAAGCCGGAGGCGAAUUCAUGGAUGUCGGGAAUCUUUUUGAGGAUUUUGGCUUGAUAGAAACUAAAUAUGAUACAUCAAAGCUCCUUGACGGACCUAAUUUGGAAGAUAAGGCCACUAAUGAUGCGAUAGAAUUUGGUGCCGAAGAGAUCGAAAUAGUUGAUAAUGGCAAAGGCUCUGUUAAUUUCCUGUGCAAUCCUGUUGUUUUAACUACUUUAAGUAGAAAUUUGGAAAAAUCUGGGUACUCUAUUGAAAAUAGCGAACACAUAUUCUCUCCGAUGAAUGUUGUGAAAUUAUCCCCAGAAGACCAAAAGGCUUAUGACGUGUUCAUUGAAAAACUGAGAACCAUACCAGGUUUAGAGGAUAUCUACGACAAUGUUGAAUAAGUACAAUUUUUGAAAUAAAACAGAUUGAAAGGAAA